GUCCGCUUACAAUAUCCGACCGAAUGCAGCGACGUACUACAACUCUCUUCUUCUGUUCCUGCCUCUUUCACCUCCGUCGUUGUCUACGUCGUCAAUUACUGCUGCUGCUCCUUCGUCUUUCCUUUCUUCUCUACACCUUUUCUGCUGCUGCACUUCUUCUUUCUUGCGCGCGUGUUGCGGUGGUAUUGUUCAACGGUUACGCGACAAAGGCUGAGAAGAAGAAGGGCAUCGACAGACGGGUACCACCGAGAUUCGAAUGGACGGCGCAAUCUCUGGCAUCCAAAGGUUUCCUGAGGUCGCAAAAGGACUACUCUCCACCGGCUGACGUCAACGAUAGGCUCUCUGCAAUCGCGAAGACUGUCCUCGGUACGAGCGACGGACGUCUCACCGAUUUGAACGCAAAAUUCGAGUUCCUCAACGCCUGCUUUGGAGAGUUCCAGCACGGUGUACCGAACUCCCUUCUGCACACCAUAGAAUCCGUCGACGAUGUUAAGCAGUUUUACUUGACGCCAAUCAGUACGAAAACGCCGCUGGAUAAAUUCAAGGAUGUGGAGUUACCCGCCAAUUUACAUAUACAGCACGACUACGUUCGAUACAAUCCAGAAACGUUUGAUGGGAAGACCACUUUCCCAAAGAGCUCAACUCUGGUCACUGGUUUGAAGUACAAGGAAAAGUAUGUGGGACACAGGCAGGCGCAGCAGUGGCCUUACAAAUAACCUAAUCAUCUUACUAGUUACAUAUAAUAUUGAUACCACAUAAUAAAUAGUUUUCAUUAAAAGUA